CCCGCCCUCUCCCACUACCGCGCCUGCGCGAGUCCUCCGGGGCGUCCUUGGUGCGCCGCUGCCGGGUUGGGGGGGUGUUGCUGCUGCCGCCACCGCCAUGCAAAGCUGGAGCCGCGUCUGCUGCGCCCUCGCCCAGAGGGGCCAUUUUAGCCGGAUCCAGCAUGGCUUACAAAGCAUUUCAGCAGGACCUGUGAGAACUUAUGCUGAUCAAGUUGAUGCUGAUGUGACGGUCAUCGGCUCUGGUCCAGGAGGCUAUGUUGCUGCCAUCAAAGCUGCCCAACUUGGCUUUAAGACUGCCUGCGUGGAGAAAAACGAAACCCUGGGUGGGACCUGUUUGAAUGUUGGAUGCAUACCUUCUAAGGCCUUGUUAAACAAUUCACACUUGUACCAUUUGGCUCAUGGGAAAGACUUCGCUAGCAGGGGGAUCGAAAUUACAGGUCUCAGGUUGAAUUUAGAGAAAAUGAUGGAACAGAAGAGCGGUGCGGUGAAAGCUUUAACAGGAGGCAUCGCCCACUUGUUUAAACAAAAUAAGGUAACACAUGUGCCUGGCUUUGGAAAAAUAACUGGCAAAAACCAGGUCACUGUAACAAAAGAUGAUGGCAGCACUCAGGUUAUCAAUACGAAGAACAUCCUUAUAGCUACAGGUUCAGAAGUAACACCUUUCCAAGGAAUUACGAUUGAUGAAGACACCAUUGUAUCAUCCACUGGUGCGCUGUCUUUGAAACAGGUCCCUGAAAAAAUGGUAGUCAUUGGUGCAGGAGUCAUUGGAGUAGAACUGGGUUCAGUUUGGCAGCGUCUGGGUGCCGAUGUGACAGCUGUGGAAUUCCUGGGCCAUGUUGGUGGACUGGGCAUUGAUAUGGAGAUAUCCAAGAACUUCCAGCGCAUUCUCCAGAAACAAGGACUUAAAUUUAAACUCAACACAAAAGUCACUGGCGCCACCAAGAAACCUGAUGGAAAGAUUGAUGUCGCAAUUGAAGCCGCCACCGGUGGCAAAGCAGAGGUGAUCCCUUGUGAUGUCCUUCUGGUCUGUAUUGGUCGGCGUCCCUUCACCAAUAACCUUGGCCUGGAACAGGUGGGAGUUGAGCUAGAUAACCGUGGAAGGAUCCCAGUCAACAACAGGUUCCAAACCAAAGUUCCGAACAUUUAUGCAAUUGGGGACGUGGUGGCUGGCCCCAUGCUGGCUCACAAAGCUGAGGACGAAGGGAUUCUGUGCGUUGAGGGAAUGGCUGGAGGCGCCAUUCACAUCGACUACAACUGUGUGCCGUCAGUCAUUUACACACACCCUGAAGUGGCCUGGGUUGGCAAGUCAGAAGAGCAGCUCAAAGAAGAGGGAACAGAAUACAAGAUCGGUAAAUUCCCUUUUGCGGCCAACAGCAGAGCCAAGACCAACGCUGACACUGACGGGAUGGUGAAGAUCUUAAGUCACAAAACAACAGACCGGAUGCUGGGAGCACAUAUUUUAGGCGCCGGUGCUGGUGAAAUGGUUAACGAAGCCGCUCUGGCAAUGGAAUAUGGCGCUUCAUGCGAGGACGUAGCCAGAGUUUGCCAUGCCCAUCCGACCGUAUCUGAAGCUUUUAGAGAAGCAAACCUAGCAGCUUCCUUUGGCAAAGCGAUCAACUUUUGAAGUGAAGGAACAUCAUAUUUUUUCCCCCUGUGAAACCGACCAAAGACUUGAUGGAAAAAUCUGGUUUUUGCAAUACUCCCGGGCCUUAAUUGAGUGAACUUUUGUUCCAAAAAAAAAUUAUUUAAACAAAUAGGGGUUUGGAUUUAAUUAACCAACACCUGUAUAUUAUAUUACCAAUACUAUAUUUGCAUUAUUGAUUGUUCAUUCUUAAGUUUCACAGAAGAAAAAGAGCAGCCGUAUCAGCUAAUUUGUUUGGAGCGAUCUUCAAAGGUCCCAUCAUGUAUUUUUGUUCAAAUAUAGUGUCUAAUAUUAACUCCAUGUUGUUGCUUUGUCAUUGUUGAGGAAAUGGGCUUAUCCUGAUGAUUUAAAAUAAGCCAUAGCCACCUUCGCACAAUGCAGUUAACAAGUGAAGUGAAAGCGAACAAUAGACUUAAAUCGGAUUUUAUAGAUAACAUAUAUGUGUUUAAGAAUAUUUGAAACUUGAUUCAUUUUAUCCUCGAUCACAAUGUAAAGGGACGUUUAAAAUAGCAAUGGACCUAUGCUAUAUCAGUAAUCACUUGCAAACAUUUUUAAGAGCAGAAAACUCCUUUGUUUUAGUGACACUUUGUAAAAGAGAAAAAGAUGAUACACCUCUGUGCUUGAUAAUUAUUAUUUUUUCUUUGGUGAAGUUUCUUGGUUUCCAAAUUUGUAAAACUGUAUCUUGAGAGUU